GCGCACGCCGGCUGUGCUGGGCUCGCUGCUGGCUGUGCUGUGGCGGAGCGCGAGGCCUGCGGAGCAGCGCUGCGGCGCGGGCCGGCUUCUGGAGCUCGUGCUCGGAAGGGGACUGCCGACGGGCGAGCGGAGAGGCGGCUCACGCCGACUGCGGCACCGGCCCCGGUCGCCUGGAGCCCGAAAUCAUGACCACCCCAGGAAAAGAGAACUUCCGCCUGAAAAGUUACAAAAAUAAGUCCCUAAAUCCUGAUGAGAUGCGCAGAAGGAGGGAGGAAGAAGGAUUACAGUUACGAAAGCAGAAGAGAGAAGAGCAGUUAUUCAAGCGAAGAAAUGUUGCAACAGCAGAAGAAGAAACAGAAGAAGAAGUUAUGUCAGAUGGAGGUUUCCAUGAGGCUCAGAUUAAUAACAUGGAGAUGGCACCAGGUGGUGUCAUUACUUCUGACAUGAUCGAAAUGAUAUUUUCCAAUAGUCCAGAGCAGCAGCUUUCAGCAACACAGAAAUUUAGAAAACUUCUUUCAAAAGAACCGAAUCCUCCUAUUGAUGAAGUUAUCAAUACACCAGGAGUAGUGGCCAGGUUUGUGGAGUUCCUGAAACGAAAAGAGAAUUGUACAUUGCAGUUUGAAUCAGCUUGGGUACUGACAAAUAUUGCUUCAGGAAAUUCUAUUCAGACCCGGAUUGUGAUUCAGGCAGGAGCUGUGCCUAUCUUCAUAGAAUUGCUCAGCUCAGAGUUUGAAGAUGUCCAGGAGCAGGCAGUUUGGGCACUUGGCAACAUUGCUGGAGAUAGUACCAUGUGCAGGGACUAUGUCUUAGACUGCAACAUUCUUCCCCCUCUUCUGCAGUUAUUUUCAAAGCAAAACCGCCUGACCAUGACCCGGAAUGCAGUAUGGGCUUUGUCUAAUCUCUGUAGAGGAAAAAGUCCACCUCCAGAGUUUGCAAAGGUUUCUCCCUGCUUGAAUGCGCUUUCCUGGUUGCUGUUCGUUAAUGACACUGAUGUACUGGCUGAUGCAUGCUGGGCCCUCUCAUACCUGUCUGAUGGACCCAAUGAUAAAAUUCAAGCAGUCAUUGACUCAGGAGUUUGUAGAAGACUUGUGGAGCUGCUGAUGCAUAAUGAUUAUAAAGUGGUCUCUCCUGCUUUGCGGGCUGUGGGAAACAUUGUCACGGGAGAUGAUAUCCAGACACAGGUAAUUUUGAAUUGCUCAGCUCUGCAGAGUUUAUUGCAUUUGCUGAGUAGCCCAAAGGAAUCUAUCAAAAAGGAAGCAUGUUGGACAAUAUCUAACAUCACUGCUGGAAAUAGGGCACAGAUUCAGACUGUGAUAGAUGCCAGCAUUUUUCCAGCCCUCAUUAGUAUAUUACAAACUGCUGAGUUUCGGACAAGGAAAGAAGCAGCUUGGGCCAUCACAAAUGCAACUUCUGGAGGAUCAGCUGAACAAAUCAAGUACCUCGUAGAGCUCGGUUGUAUUAAGCCACUGUGUGAUCUACUCACAGUCAUGGACUCUAAGAUCGUACAGGUUGCCCUAAAUGGCUUAGAAAAUAUUCUGAGGCUUGGGGAACAAGAAGCCAAAAGGAACGGCACUGGCAUCAACCCCUACUGUGCUUUGAUUGAAGAAGCUUAUGGUUUGGAUAAAAUUGAGUUCCUUCAGAGUCAUGAAAACCAGGAGAUCUACCAGAAGGCCUUUGAUCUUAUUGAGCAUUACUUUGGGACCGAGGACGAGGACAGCAGCAUCACACCCCAGGUUGACCUGAGCCAGCAGCAGUACAUCUUCCAGCAGUGUGAGGCUCCUAUGGAAGGGUUCCAGCUUUGAAGCACUGUCUUGCUUUCAUGUUCCUGUGUCAAACCAGGCUACCCAGUCAAGUCCUCUUGUGGAGUCCACAGUUCUCAUGGAGCUAACUUCUCAAAUGUGUUCCAUAAUACUGUUUGCGCUCAUUUGCUUGCCUUGCGCACCUGCUCUUAAACACAUCUGGAAAACCUUCUGGCUCUCUGUGAUGGAAUACCCAUCUAAUAAAUAGGGUAACCAGAUCGGCCCACUCUCUUAUGGAAAAUCCCUAGGCUUUGGAGAUUCGCACUUACAUAAGUCCUGGGAAUAUACACAUAUUAAUGUGGCUCCCAUUUUUUUGUUGGGGAAGAAAGAGGACUCCUUAUUCCCUUUAAUGUGGGGAAAAAAUACUGACAUUUAGGAUGAGACCUAACCUUUAUCUUGAAUUUCACACAACUACUUGCAACAAGAGAGAUGUUUAGAUGUGUUGUGUAUACUUCAGAGUACUUUUCAGGAGUUCUUCCACAGUGAACCUUGGAUUACCUGGUGGCUUUUUCUAGCCAGAUUUGCAUUAAUCCUUACUGAGACUGGAUGGUCUCUUUCUAUUGGCGCAAUUCUUCACAGAUAUUAAAAUUAAACCAUCCACUCCCUCACCUUCAGCCUUCAGUGAAUGUGCUUUCUAGUUGUCAGGAAUGCUGAAGAAUUAACACUUUGACUCUUAAAUGUGAUUCUGUUGUGAUGAUUCCCUUAGAGCAGAAAAGUAAGGAGCGCAUAUUAAUUUGUAUGGCUCUUUUGCUUCUCUUUGAUCUUAUGUGUCUUAGGAUUUGGAAGUGGUUCAAUUCUAACACUGGUUUGAAGAUUAGAAUCCUUAGUAAUUGAAACCAUACCCUGUAAUUGAAAAACAAAAACAUACAACCAAAUCAGGAAGAAAAAACAACCUCCAAUUUUCUAAACUCAAAUAGUGACUAGAGGCUGUGUUUCUGCACUAAAUGUUUCAGGCUUUGUGGUCCUGAUCAAGGUCCUCAUUAAAUUGAAGUUCACCUUAGGUGCUUUCAAUCCUCUGGGACUGGCAGAUAACACAUAAUUUUAAAGGUUACUUUGGGAACUAUUUCUUAGCCAGGUGCAGCUUGAUUCUUGAUUUAUGCUGCAUAUAUAACCCCUUUAAUGUAGCAUCUUUAUCAUAACCUACUCAAUAUGGCCCACUUAAUUCAGAUAAGGGCAAUAGAUCUUUUUUGUCUUAGAACCUCGUUAUUACCUAUUCAUUUCAUUUCCUGCUAGUCCUGCCCAGUCAGGUUCCCUUCCCCACCCAAAUAAAGUUUCUACCUUCUAGCUCAUAUAAUGACUGCAAUCUAUACUGCAAAUGGCGCUUCCAGUACUGUCUUCUGUGAUCUACAUUUGUGCUUGGACUGGAAUGAAAAAAUAAGCUUAAUUGCCAAGAGAACUGCAACUGAGUUCAAUACGACUUCUUGGUGCUAGUUGGCCAUCUUGACUCAAUGUUGGAACACUCAUAUCAGAGAAGAUUUUUUGUUGAUAUGCUGUUUAAAAUGAAUUCUGAAGGAAAAAGUUGCUCAUCUCUGUUUCAGAGAAUACCCUUUUAAGCUUCUUUAAUCUUGUCAUCUUCCAGAAUUCAUUAUAACCCCAAAGUGUAACUAUUUGGAAGUUCCCCCUGUCAAGCUAUUAUACAUCUCUGGUAAAUCCUGCUGAACGUUAGGGAUACUCAGAGCUUUCAUACCUCAUCAUGUUGUUACUUAAGCAGCCAACUUAUGUGACCUGAUGUAAACUUUUAGAAAUCCACUUCAAAGUAGGAAAGAUACAAAGACAAAGGACAUUUAUCAGCCAAGUGUGAAGCAUUCUUCGCAUCUAGUCUGUAGUUGUGUCUGUGCUCUGGAUGGAUACCGUCUGAUGUCUUUAUUGAUGGAGCAGCCACUACAAAACUAGUCAACUCCUAUCUAUAACUGUUACUUUUUCUAGUGCUGCUUUGUGCUGAAAGAACAUUUUAGUUUACUGCACUUGACCUGUAAAAGACUGAUUCUUUGUAAUUAUAGGGAAAAAUUAGGUGGUUAAUUUAAACAAAAACUUUCAAUGUUGCCUUUACAUCACAUUAAAGUAACUUCUUCCAGAAGGGUAAUUAGAAGCACUGAUUCAUAGUAAAAAAUUUUGGUUUAACCUUUUUUGGGGGGUUGGGGAGGCAGCUAGUUUUUUUUUUUUUUUUCAAUUGUAAAUUACUGGUAAUCCAUGUCAUUUCUAUGGGCUGUUUAAAUUAUGUACCUUCUAUUGGAUAAUUAAAUUUUUUUCAUUUUAUUUUGAUAAACCAAUUUGAAUGGAAAGAAGCACACAAAAUUGUUUCCCCAAGUUAGGAAUAGUGUACAUUGGGAAUUUUUGCUAGUGAUUGUAGGUGUAUCAAGAAAGUGAUUAAAACAAAGUCCUUUGAACUGAUGUGGUCUACUUUGUGUUUAAAACAGAGGAAUUUAUCUUGACUCUGUCCUAGAAACUUCUGAGCCAUGAGAGCUGAACUAAAUUUUUAUUGUAAUAAGUGUUUUUUUAAUGUUAAAAUUGGAAUUGACUAGAAGUCCUAGCAUAAAUGUUGGAACUGCUAAAGUAGGCUUUUUGGUAAUAAAAGUGAUAUUUUUAGAAGGUAAGUGUAAGUCCUAUUUUUAGUUCCCUGGCAGACUUAAUUUACAUAAAAUUGAGUAUCACUGAGAUGCUCAGUACAAGACAACGUUCUGCACUUUCAUAUACUGAUGGGAGAAGAGGUACUUGAUUUUCCUUCUCCCCCUCCUCUAAACUUUAAAAGUAUAUUCUUUGUAGUGAGAACUUUAAUGGGGAAAAGUAUAUAUUCAGAGCAUUUGCAAUGUAAAGGCACCUUCUCUAUUAAAUACCAGCAGGUAGAUAUGGUUAUUUGAAGAAGAAAAACCAGGAAAGAUAAAAAUGAUAGGAAGAAAAGUGAGAAUUAGGAGACAGGGUUCUUUCUGGAACACUUAAUGUUCCUGCCACAAAGUAAUUAGGACCCUUUUAAACUUUAAGUUUGUCAACUGUACUGUUGUUAAGAAUUAUUGCUCUAGGAUUAUUUCUUCCAUAUGCCAGAUAAGCUGAUUGACUUUUGGGUGGUUUUCAUUGUUAUUGUCACAGAUACAAAUAUUGACAAUUAUCCUGUAAUAAAUCUGAAUUGUUUGA